AUGGUCGCUGCCGCCAAGAUCCAGGGUGCUGGUAUGGCCACUAUUGGCCUUGCCGGUGCUGGUGUCGGUAUCGGAACGGUCUUCGGUGGUCUCAUCCAGGGUGUCGCCCGCAACCCCUCCCUCAGGGGUCAGCUCUUCCAGUACGCCGUUCUCGGUUUCGCCUUCGCCGAAGCUACUGGUCUCUUCGCGCUCAUGAUGUCGUUCUUGCUCCUCUACGUCGCAUAG